AUGUAUAGCUGUGAUGGGGCACUGUGUUACUUUACGUCGGUCAUCCUUCUUGUUUUCCUUUACAACGAAUAUUUGACUUAUUAUAUAACAAUCUAUAUGACAUGUUCAUGGCCUUUGCUACCAUCGCGCAAAGAGCAACAAAAAGAGGAGACGAGGAUAAUGAUGUUGACUGAUAUUCAUCUUCUCGGACCCUAUCGAGGACAUUGGUUCGACAAGUUGAGGCGGGAAUGGCAAAUGUACCGGUCAUUUCAAUCAGCUAUAUCAAUAAUGCGUCCACAUGCCGUUUUCUUUUUAGAUUUGUUUAAAUAUAUAUUCAUAUUCUGA